CGCCGGCCAGCAAGGCGCAGGGAGGGAAGGGGGCUCGGGCGGAAGCAUCCAGGCCUCUCGAGGCAGGGGAAGGGAAGCGCGCGGCCCGCCCGCGAGCACACCGGGAGCACAGACCCCUAAGACCCAGCCCUGGGCUCGAACCACGAACCCAGGCAGAGCAGUGAAUGUGGCCGGGCGGCGGCCCUCAGGCAACACAGCAGGGCGGGGCUGGUGCAGAGAGAGGGAGCCGCUCUCGCCAGCGUCAGCAGCACAGGGACGCUCCCCCUUUGUCCGCCCCCUCGAGCCUGCGCACUAGAAGCACCUCGGCGCUGACUCCUCCGGCUCGCCGUUCCUUCCCAGCAUGCCGUGCGGUGCACGGGCCCCGGGCCCUCGGGGAGAUUCGUCGCGCUAUGGAGGCGGCUGCCAGCGCUUCGGAUUUGUUCGACGCUAUCGUGAUGGCGGAGGACAGAUUUCAUGGGGAAGGAUAUCAAGAAGGUUAUGUUGAAGGAAGUCAUGUUGGUGUUAUUGAGGGAAGAAGAUAUGGAGCUCUACAUGGUGCCAGGAUUGGGUCUGAGAUUGGAUACUAUUUUGGAUUUGCAUUGACAUGGCAGCAUCUGCUUCACAGAUCUGAAGAAGAAAAGCCCAGUAAAAAAAUAAAGGCUCUGGAAUCAUUGAUAGGACUGAUUCAGAAAUACCCUUAUGAAGACCCCACGUACGACAAACUUCAUGAAGAUCUGGAAAAAAUCAGAGGAAAAUUUAAACAGGUUUGCUCAUUGCUAAAUAUUCAAUCUGAUUUUAAAAUCAGUACUGAAAGAUCUGCACUUACUUUUUGAGUAUAACAGAUGAAGAUAAACAUAUAUGAACAAGGAAGAAGCUUUAAGGAACGGAUAUCGAGAGAAGUGAUUAACUAUAAGAAAUAAUAAAGGCAGAUAAAGUCAGAGUAUAAACAGGUUUUUAUUUUCCAUAAGAGAGGGUAGAAGAGUAAUGCAGUAGUGGAAAGGUAUCCCUUUAAUGUUUGCUGUGUCCCAAUCUUACACGAUCAUUGUAACACAAGUGCAUGUCCUGUUGAAAACAAAAAUGAAAAAUCUCCACAUUCAUGGAACACUUAAUUCUAUAUUCAUCAUCUGUUUUUAAUUUCAAUGGGGAAAAUAAAUUGCUUCUGUAAUGUUUUGUUUUAUGAUGCUCCCAUGUUUAUUAUCUAAAGGAUACAUAUUUCAAAACAUUUAUUGAUCACUAUGAAUUACACAUUUUGGGUAAAUGUGCACAAAAAAGAUAAGUUAUUUUCCUUACCCGGAGGCACUUACAAUAAAGAGCUAUAUUAUUUUUGAUGGUGAAAAGGUGAAGCAGAGGUGGGAUAAAAGAGGAGGUGUAUUAAACAUGAUUCUCAAAGCAGCUACAGCUCAAAACAUAGACUAUUGAUACUUUGUUGUUGAUUUUUCUGUAUUAUUUUCAUGAGCUGUGACCACUGAUAUCUGAUCCAGUGCAGAAAAAAUACAUUUGCACCUGAAAAAAGAUUGAGAUAUACCAGUACAACUUAAAAUAACUAAUUAAUGGUGAGGAGUGUGAGGUAAUGUCUUUUACAGAUCACUUCACCUACUUUGUCUCUGUCACAUCAGGGAACAAAAUGGCUACAAAAAUACUGCAAUAUUUAAGUGAUAAAUUGUUUCCAAGAUGGGAAAUUAAGUUUUCAAUUUCAUUCAGAAAAUGGAUGCUGUUGGAAUAUGUAAGUGAAUAUUCAACUAUGUUAGUUUAAAAUAAACGCAUUAUUUUGUUAAAAAGAUUUUCUGUAUUUGGUGCUAGAUACAUGUGUAAUUUUU